UCAGCCAAUCCGCAACGCCCACCCGCCCUUCGCCGCAGUUGGCUCUCCAGGGGUGAAAGUCCCGCCCCUGGAGAGGGGCCGAGCCUGUCAAUCAAGCAGAGGAAGCCGAAAGAAAGCCGAGCUGGCCGGUUUCCGCUGGGUGUGUUGCUGCAGAAGAUUGCUUGCCUCAAUGAAGCAUCUGACACCCCUCACCCUUCUUGCCUGUGGCUCUUUUAACCCCAUAACAAACAUGCAUAUGCGUCUAUUUGAACUAGCAAGAGAUCACCUUCAUCAAACAGGAAAGUACAGAGUGAUUGGAGGUAUAAUUUCACCAGUUAAUGAUGACUAUGGAAAGCAAGGUUUGGCAGCAGCAAAGCAUCGCAUAGCCAUGGCUCAACUUGCACUGGAGACCUCCGACUGGAUCAGAGUAGACCCUUGGGAGAGUGAGCAAAAGCAAUGGAGUGAGACUGUAGUGGUUCUCAGGCACCAUUACAAAGAACUGCUUAAAUCACACCAUAUCAAGGAACUGCCCGGAGAAAACAAUUGGCCCAUAGAAAAGGCUGCCGGAGCAUCGUUUGCUUCAUCACUCACAGUUGUCCCUGAGUUAAAACUUCUGUGUGGAGCUGAUGUUCUGAAGACGUUUCAAACACCUAACCUCUGGAAGGAAGAACACAUUUUAGAAAUAGUGGGCAAAUUUGGGUUGGUUUGUAUUAGCCGCAUUGGCAACGAUCCUUCUCAGUUUAUCUCGCAGUCAGCACUUUUAAGCAGGUACCAGCACAAUAUCCACUUGGUUAGGGAGUGGAUUCACAAUGAAAUCAGUGCCACAAACAUAAGGCACGCCUUGCGCAAAGGGCAAAGUGUGAAAUACCUCGUUCCAGAUUCUGUUAUUUCCUAUAUUAAGCAACACAAUAUAUACACGGAUGAGACUGAACGAAGAAAUGAAGGGGAUUUGCUGCAGCCUCUUAAGCGAUAUUGUUCUGUCGUCAGCCCUCUUAAUGACUGAUGGUAAUAUGGGCCUUGUCCUCUCUUCUGCUUAUCCUGUGCCUAGAAAUCAUGGGUCUGAGUGGGUUUCCACUUUUCCUAUGAUUUUUAGGCAUGGGUCCGAAUAGCAUUACCUUUGCCCCACCUCUUUCCCUCAAAAAAGCCGCUGUUAGCACUAAAUCUGGGCAAAUGCCAAUUCAGAGAAAACCCGACUGACUUUUGCUCCAGUUCAGCUGUAAGCAGUGGGUUUGCCUGGGGGAAAGCAGCAGGGCAGGUAGAUGUGUGGUUGAGCCCUAAGUUACUCACUUCUCAGAGUGAGAAUCCUAAACAAUAUGCCUGUAAAGGAAAGUAAGCUUGGUUGUGAUAAUAUGGGAGUAAUCCAUUUUAGGGAAAAAUCCAUCUGUGCCAGUCAAAAGCUGU